AUGAAAAUUAAAUUUUUUCGAUAUGUUUUAACAAUAGAUGAACAAUCAGAAGAAAAUAAAAAAGAAGUUGCCAUAGAUCAACAAGUUGUUAAUGAUACAAAUAGUGAUAUCAGUAGUAAUAGGGAUAGUUUAAAUAUUGAAGAUGAACAACAAAAAGAAUCAUCAUCGUCAUUAUCAUCAUCAUCAAAUAAUACCACCACAACUACUGCCACUACUACUUCUCCUACUACUACUGCAACAACAACAACAACAACAGCAACAACAUCAACAACAGAUGAAUCAGAAACAACAAAUUCAACAACACCAACAUCAGCAACAUCAACACCAGAUUCAAUGAUUACACCAACUAAAUCAAAAGGAUCAUCAAAUAAAUUGAAUUCAAAAGAAGAUAAGAAUUUAAAGAAACAAAAACAAAAAGAGGAAAAAGAAAGAUUAGAAAUGGAGAAACAAAAACAAAAAGAAGAAAAAGAACAAAAGAUUAAAGAUGAGAAAGAACGUUUAGAAAUGGAAAAACAAAAACAAAAAGAAGAAAAAGAACAAAAGAUUAAAGAUGAAAAGGAACGUUUAGAAAUGGAAAAACAAAAACAAAAAGAAGAAAAAGAGAAAUUAAAAGAAGAAAAAGAAAAAUCUAAAAGGGAACAAAAAGAAAAAGAAAAAGAAAAAGAAGAUAUUACUGAACAAAAAGAUAAAGAUUCAACACCAACUAAAGUACAAUUAACUAGAGAACCAUCUGUAAUUUCAAAGAUAUUCUCUGUUAAAAAAUCAAAUUCAUUAAUUAUUGAAAGAUCAACUUCACCAGUUCAAAUUGAUUCAUCACCAAGUAAAUCAUUUAUAGAGAGUAAUAAUAAUAAUAAUAGUAGUAGUAAUAAUUUAGCGAAUAAUACAACAGAUAGAAAUAGUAUAAGUUCAGAAGAUGCAAAUAUAAUACAGAAUAAUACAACAGAUUCAAAUAUUGAAAAUAAUGAAACAACAAAUAAUAAUAAUAAUAGUAAUGGUAGUAGAACAUCAACACCAACACCAAUUAAUAGUGAAGGUAUUGAAAAAUCAAUAUCAUCAAGUGAUUUAAGUAAUAUAACAACAACUACAACAACAACAGGUAGUGGAGGAUUAAAUACAUCACCAUCUACAGAGAAUAUAAAUGUUGGUGGUGGAACAGAUAGUGGUACAACUACUACAACAACAAAUAAUAAUAAUAAUAAUUCAACAAAUAAUUUAGUUGGUGAUAAAACAGAAUUAUCAUCAGGAUCAUCAGUUAUAUCAUCACCAAAUGGUGGUACAAAGAGAGAAGUUGUAAUUAAAGUUACAAGAGCAUUUGCACAAGUUAUACAUCAAAAUGUAAUGAAAGAAGAAGGUGAAAAUAAAAUGAGAAACAUGGUAAUUAAUGAAAUUAUUAAUACAGAGAAAGAUUAUAUAGCAGAUUUAAAUAUAAUUGUAAAUUUUAUAUUGACACCAUUAAAGGAGUCAAAGAUUAUACCCGAUAAAGAUAUUUCAAUAAUAUUUUCAAAUAUUCAAUUACUAUUGAAUGUAAAUAAAGAGUUGUUAAGUGACCUCUUACAAAAAGCACCAGAUGAGAAACCAAAUCAUACAGUUGGUACAUGUUUUAUCUAUUUCUUUAAAUAUUUGAAAAUCUAUAGUGGUUAUUGUGCAAAUCAGACCAUUUCAGCCGACCAUAUUGCACGUUGUAGUAAAAAGAUACCAUCAUUUAAACAGUUUCUAGAGGAGAAACAAGCAAGUACAGAAUGUAGACAAUGUAAUUUAGAGAGUUUUCUAAUUAAACCAGUUCAACGUCUUUGUAAAUAUCCAUUACUACUAAGAGAACUCAUAAAGAAUAGUUGUGAAGGUCAUCCGGAUUUAGCGAAUCUAGAGAAAGCAUACACUGAAAUUCAAGAGGUGGUUCUCUCUGUUAAUGAAAGUAAAAGAAAAGCUGAAAUUCAUCAAAAAAUGUAUAAAAUUCAUGAAAAAUUACAAGCACCCGAGAAAUUUGUAUUCUUCACUCCAACUCGUUACUUGAUUCGUGAAGCAACUUUUGGUGAAUUAACCGAGGAAAAAGAUAAAAUCUCUGGUAGAAUGCAUUAUUAUCUCUUUAAUGAUAUUAUUAUGAGAACUCAAAAAGAUAAGAAAUCAAUUCGUCUCGAAACUCUAUUCAUCAUUGCCUCUACAAAUGUUGAUGGCGAGGAGAAUAGAGGUAGUUCAUUUUGUAAUACCUUUGAAAUUAGUCAACCUGGUACCACCGGUAGAAGAUUCACAUUGGUUGCAGAUUCUUACGAACAAAAAAUGGAAUGGUUCACUGAUUUGGAUGAAUUAAUUAAACCACAUCGUGAAGAAUAUUCUAGAAAUGCUGAUAAAGUUUUAGAUCAUAUUAAAAGAAGUACAAUUGCAACUACUAAUCCUUCUUCAAAUGGUAUCUCUUCUGAUUCUCCAAAAUCAUUACAUAGAACUCAAACUGCUGCUGGUGCAUUACAACAACAACAACAACAAUCAAAACCAGUUCAUGCAAUUCCUUCAAAACCAUUACCACCUCCACCACCAAAAUCAAAAUCUUCUGCAACAAUUACACCUACUACCACUACUACUAAUACUACAGUUGUUAUUGAUGAACCACCAACAAUUGUUGAUUCAGCUUCAACACCAUUACCAUCACAAACACCAAUUGCAAAACCAAGACCAACUUCAACUAUAAAGAAAACAUUUAUAACAAAUUCAAAUCAAACAUCAUCCCCACAACAACAACAACCUGCCACAACUGAACAAGCACCACCAAUUCCAUCAAGACAACAAAGACCAUUAUCUGUAACACCAACCACUACUCCUACUCCUUCUCAACCUGUAAUAACACAACAAAAUGAAAAUAAUAAUACUGUACCAACAAAAACAACAAGACCCUUACCUAAACCAGGUUCAUUUACAGCACCUGCUCCUGUAUCAACAUUAAUAAAUAAUAAUAAUACUUCAAAUUCUUCAACAACAACAACAACUACAACAACAACAAACCAACCAGCUAAACCAAUUGCUUUCCCAUCAAAAUUAUCAAAUUUGAAACAAGCAGCACCAAAUAAUAGUGCAAGAUCUGCAUCAACAUUUGUACCAUCAACAUCACAUUCCUCUUUUGUACCUUCUUCUGUAAAAAAUAAUACUAAUAAUAAUAAUAUAACUAAAGAUGAUCUUUCAUUACCAUCAUCUGCCAAUAAUAAUAAUAAUAAUAGCAAUACUGAUUUUACAACACCUCCAACUGGUAAACCAAGAGUUAUGCCAUUACCACCACGUGGAGGUAGUGCUGUUAAUGUUGCUGUAAAUAAUAAUAAUAAUAUUAAUAAUAAUUCACCUGUUCCAUUUCCACCAACAACAAAUACAACAACUCCAACUGCAACACCACCACAUUCACCACAAACAUCAGAUCUCAAUCUUACUAAAAAACCAAUCAUUCCACCAAGAAAAUAA